UCGUCGUCGUCGUCGUUUUCUAAUGGCUUAUCAACCAACACCACGUCAUCCUCAUUUUUUGCUGGCUUCUUAGAUUUUUCCACAAGUUUAUUUAGAGGAGCGGUUAUGGGGUUCAAAAGUCUAUCCAAUGCUUCAUCUUUGUUACUUUUCUCCAGCUUCAGAGAAAAAUAUUUCUUCCGUAUGUUUCUUCAAACAGUAUUAAUUCGUUUCUUGACAUCUCUGUCAGCUUUACUCAAAAUAGGCGGAGUCAUUGCAACAACUCUACUACAGGUCUUGAUACAGGUCAGUCUACACAGACAGCUUUUCGAGACAGGUCAGUCUACGCAGACAGCUUUUUCGAGACAGGUCAGUCUACACAGACAGCUUUUCAGGACAGGUCAGUCUACACAGACAGCUUUUCGAGACAGGUCAGUCUACACAGACAGCUUCUUUUAGGACAGGUCUCUCUACACAGACAGCUUCUUUCAGGACAGGUUAGUCUACGCAGACAGCUUCUUUUAGGACAGGUCUCUCUACGCAGACAGCUUUUUCCAGACAGUUCUGUU